UUUUUUUUUUCAUUUUGUUAUGCCUACAACAAUAGCCAAUGUAACUACAAUUAUCAUAUAGAUUAUUGACUAAGCUAUGUUAUAGAACACUAGAUAUACCAGUGUAAGAAGACCUUUAUUACAACACAACAACGAUGACAGUGAAGACGAAGGCUUUAUCAUGACAACAAGUGAUGAAACAGAAGAGGAUGAUGAUGACGAUGAUGAUACAAUUACCGAGUCUUAUUCAAGGUCAUCCAGAGUGGACAUCUAUAGACUGGCCAUUCGUACCAACAGUGAAAUUCUUGAAGAUUUAGCUGCCAUCAUUCGUAUUCUUCGACAGAUCAAUGCUCUUUACCGUGUAUUUCAUAACAAUAGUCAUCAUUUUACGACAUUAAGAACUCGAAGAGGAUUCUUUAGUCAUGUCAGAAGAACCAAUCUAUCAAGACAAUACGAUGAUAACAAUGACUCGAUAGAAGAUGAAGAAGAAAGUGUGUUGGAUGAAGAUGAAGAAGAAGCCAAUAAAUUACUAGAGGCAGGUUUAGAAGAUCUACAGGCAGUACUGACCAUGGAUAGCAGUCAUGAAGAUACAGGUCGAAGGAAAAGACAGUCCACUUUGGCCUUAUUGUCUUUGAUUACUUAUCAGUAUGAACAUUGUUCAGAUCAAUACCUGUCUCGAUACUUGGAUCCAGAUGGUGUGUAUGAUCCUACCUUGGCUAUUUUUGCUGCAGCUAUUUAUGAAGAAGAUGAAGAAGGAUAUGAGCCAAAAUCAUGCCGAGAUAUCAUGAUAGCAGCUGAAGAGCUGUAUGGUCCAGGAUGGCUUAAAGAGUUUCAUAAAGGCAAAGAAGGUGCAUUAAGAAAAAUGCUUGAGAAACUCACAUUUAUAGCCAAAAUUCGAUUAAAAAUACGUGAUACAGACAGACCCAUCGCCCGCUGAAACUGAGUUUGGCGUAUGAUUAUGCAAUUACCCUCCUUUCUU